AUGGAAACUGACGAAAAACGUACUUCUACGUUUCUAGGCAUUGACCUGGAUAGAUCGAAAAAAUUGAAGAAAUUUAACUCUAUCAAGAUUAUAAGAGAACAAGGGAACGAUGGAAUUAUAAACGAACAUACAACCAAGACUAAUGAGCAUGCUUAUGAUAUUCUUUAUGAGAAUCAAAGAGGACUAUUCUUAUUUGGCUUACCAAAAUUUAGUUCUAAAGCUUUGAAUCAAGUUGAUCCAAACUCAUGGACUGAUAGAAAUCAAAAAUAUUCACCAAUGGAUAUUUAUAAUUUUCAGUUGCCAGAUCCAACUUGGGAGUGGGUUCACAAAGAAUGGUUGAUUGAUAUGUCUGGUGACGUUGAUGAAGAGGGAUGGGAAUAUGCUUUUAAUUUUCAUAGUUCUUCUUGGCAUGGGUGUUAUCAGCCACUACGCUCCUUUGUUCGCCGAAGACGGUGGAUAAGGUUGCGUCGUAAAAAGGGAAAAGACGGUUCAGCGUCAAUCAUUCCUAAAAGAACUUACCUCGAAUCUGACGAAAAACUUGAUGAUUUCGAAGAACUUUGGCGCCAAGUCAAAAUGUCAAGGUUAGAUAGAGAAAAAUUGAAAUAUAUCAGUGAUUAUAUUAACAAUGGUGGUAAUAUAAACAAAUUUCAUGAUAGGCUUAGUGAUUUUAUUGGUAUAUUUGAUCAUCAGGAGAGCAGUAAAAAAUUCUUGGAAGUACUUCCAGCUAAUGGUCCAUUUAUGUUGAAAUAUUUCUCUGAUAUAAGAGAAUUGUUGGAUCAUGUUAAACAUAAUAUAAAUAAUGUUGAGGUUCAAAAAAAGUCUCAAUUUAAACCUGAAGUCAUUACUUAG